UGGGUUCAUGAACCUGAAGUAAGGCAUGCAAUGUUGGCAAACAAAGCAUUGAAGGCUAUGACUAAUAAGAUUAGAGAACUACAAGUUGUGGUUGAAAUAGCAUGUGGUAAUAAAACUGUGUAUGUUAAUGGUGUGAGAGAAGCUUAUAUUGAUCUCUAUGGUUGCACAAUUGAGGAGGACAUUCUAGAUUGUGUUUAUGAUAUGCCACUUAAAAAGAGUUUGCUAGCUCUAAUAAGCUCAAACAGGCAUUCAAAAGAGACAACAAAGAAGGAAAUUGCAGUGGAAGAUGCAUCUAAAAUACAUGAAGCCAUUAGGAAAAGGAGAUUAGAUGAUGAUAGCUUUCUUUGGAUACUUUCCACCAGAUCCAUUUCACAGCUCCGGGAAACUUUUGCAACUUACCAACAACUCUUUCACCACUCAUUGGAGCAGGACAUAGCAAAUUGUGGCGAGGAUGAUUUAGAAAAUCUGUUAAUUGCAGCAAUACGGUGCACAUGCAAUCCUGAAAAACAUUUUGCAAAGGUUAUAAGAGAAUCUAUGAUUGGGAUUGGAACCGAUGAAGAAUCGCUGAACAGAGCAAUUGUGAGUAGAGCAGAAGUUGACAUGUUGAAAAUAGAAAUUGAAUAUGCUGCCAUGUUUGACUCCAACCUUGUAAAAGAUGUCUGUGGAGAUACCUCAGGAAGCUAUCAAAAUUUCUUGAUGACUUUGAUGGGGAAAGAUCCUCUUGAAUAAUCUUCAUGGAUAAUGUAUCAUGCUGUUCAAGAUUCAAUUUUUUUGUA